CAGGGGGUUUCCCAGCUCCUGCCCGGAAUGCUCCUUCUGCAUCUUGCCCGUUCUCCAGGAAGGUAAACUGAGGGUGGGCCCCCAAACCCGUGCUUCCUCCAGGACUUCACCUCUGCUACCGGGCUCCUGGACCCCCCGCCCCAGGGUCUGCCAACCCUGACACCUCGACUUGGCCUUGGAGAUGGGGUCUGUCUUGAAGGCCCCGCUCAAGGCAGGCUGAGGUCGCUCCCUGAAGCAGUGACCCCCACCUCGCCAGGGCCUUAUCAGGGGCCGCAGCCAAUCAGCUGAGGCAGAGAAGAGCCCUCAGGGGCCCGCUGAGCCUCAGAGCCCACGAGGCAGCCACAGGAGCAGAGGCCUGAGGUCGGUGGGCACCUGUCGGCCAUGGCCACUGCGGAGCCUGCCCUGCCCUCCAUCAGCACGCUGACCACGCUGGGGCCCUGCCCUGACACCCAGGAGGACUUUCUUAAGUGGUGGCGCCUGGAGGAGGCGCAGGACCUGGGCCCAGGGCCCCCAGACUUCACAGGGCCGCCCCUUCACGUGAGCCCGGAGUCGGAGGCCGCGCCCGGGGAGGAUGAAGACGACGACAGGGACGCGGACGCAACCUGGGACCUGGACCUCUUCCUCAGCAGCUUCCCGAGCCCGGACCCGGGCGGCGCGCCCCGGACCUGCGCCCCAAGCCCCGGCGAAACCACCGCAGCGCAGUACGCUCCGCCCCCCGAGACUCUGGGCGCCUACGCGGGCGGCGCGGGUCUGGUGCCUGGGUUCGCGGGGCCCGAGGAGCCCUCGGGCUGGGUGCGAGCCCCGGACCCCUUCGUGGCCCCAGGUCCCGGCCCGGAGCCCAAGGCGCUGGCCCUGCAGCCCGUGUACCCGGGGCCGGCGGCGGGCUCCGCAGGAGGCUUCUUCCCGCCAGCCGGGCUGGCGAUGCCAGCGGCGCCGGGCGGCCCCUAUGGGCUGCUGCCGGGGUACGCCCCGCUCUACCCGGCGCCCCAGUACCAGGGCCACUUCCAGGUGUUCCGCGGGCUCCCGGCGCCUUCUCCCCGCCCUGUCGCGCCCCACUCCUUCCUAGGCUGUCUGGGGCCCGGGACGGUGGGAGCCAGGCUUGUGGGCUCGGCGGGAGACCCCGGCGCGAUCGCCGAAGGCGCCCCCCAGAAACGUAGCCGGCGCUCGUGGGCGCGAAAGAGGCAGGCGGCGCACACGUGCGCGUACCCGGGAUGCGGCAAAAGCUACACCAAGAGCUCGCACCUGAAGGCGCAUCUGCGCACGCACACGGGGGAGAAGCCCUAUGCCUGCUCAUGGGAUGGCUGCGGCUGGAGGUUCGCGCGCUCUGACGAGCUCACACGCCACUACCGGAAACACACGGGCCAGCGCCCCUUUCGCUGCAAGCUCUGCCCGCGGGCCUUCUCACGCUCCGACCACCUGGCUCUGCACAUGAAGCGCCACCUGUGAGCCUGCUCUGGGGCUGGAUCCUACCAGGGACAAGGACGGGGGGGGGGGAUCGGUGCAUGGCUGAUUCCCGAGGACGAGACGACCCUCGCUUGAACUCACAUCCGCCCUCAUGACCUUCUCUGCUGCGAGAUCCAGAAGUGACUCAGAAACAGACCAGGGAGACCUGCAUCGGGACCCGCCACAUGUCCUCAGCCACAGAAAGCCAUGCAGGAACUGACGGCCACACUGACCCCAGAUCAGCGGACUUGGAUGGACCCUCAGGCCAGCGCCCCGGAGAGUGAGAGGGGCAGAUGUUCCCGGACACCGAGUCUGUAAAGGCUCACAUCAAUGGUUGUGGGCCCCCAAACGCCGUUCCCACGUAAAACUCGGGCGUUAGCCUCUGAGUUUUGGCUGCUGCAAGUUGAAGAAGUCUGUGCUAGCAGAGCGGGUACGGGGACGGAAGUCGGGGGCAAAUGAAUGUCCUGCAGCUCAGCCACACCCCACGCUUCAGGAAAUCUUGCCACUCCUAACUCCACAAAAUCAUCAGGUCUCUGGCUCCGAACCCAGGGUCAGUCAGGAGUCUCCCUCCAUUUAAGAGGGUUAGGCCCAAGCCUAGUGUGCCGGUACCAGCACUCUGGGAGCUGAGACAGAUGGAUCUCAAAUUCGAGGCCAGACUGGGGAACAGAGUGAUACCCUAUCUCAAAAAUAAUAAAUAAAAUCCUGAGGAUGUAACUCAA